UUCAAUUGACAAGCAGUCUGGAGGCGGAUUUAUCAAUGCUAUCCAAUAAGCUAGCCCCUAAUGCUGAAGUUGUUUUGCACAAGCUAGCAAGGAGCUUGCUAAAAGAGGAAUAUACUUUCCGAAACUAUUUCCGACCUUCUCUGACUUUUUCCAGAGUUUCCAUUGAUUGACAGUCAUCCAGCCUUUGACGUAGCUCCUACAUGUAUCAUAGCUAGACCUUGAUCAUGACUCUGUUCCGUUCCUUUACACACAGGAGUAAUUGGACGAAGGCGUCUACAGUGGAGGUUUGUUAUUAAUAAGAGAUCAGACGUUCGGUCUGAACAUUAACACGCAUUGCUUGCGGUACGGUUUUGGAAGCAUAACCUUUCAUAUAAGCGAGACAUACUUUUCUCAAAACAAAAGGUUAAAUUGAAACGCACAUUUUUAUAGGGUUAGGGUUGGUGUUCCCACAAGGUCAUAUCUCCAUGUUACAGCUGUUUACGGAAGACAGACGGAGGAAUGCGACAUGCUAAUUGGCUGUCUCGCGUGCUCUGAACACCUGUGUGUAACAGAAGGCCGACAGAAACAUGUUGUCACUGAAAGAUACUGUCAGCUGCGACUGUGAUGAAGCCGGUUAAAACAGUGUACACUCCCUCUCCCUCCCCCAUGUCCAUUAUCUCAGGGUAUAAUUCAGAGCCGGAACGUGGUGGUCCUGAUGAUUCCAGUUCCAUGAAUUCCCUACGGAUCUCUGUGCGAGGCCUUCCUGCCCUGGCCUUCAUGGCCGGCGCCACCUCUGACCCCCGCUUCCGCCUAAAAUGGAGGGCCAUCACCGUGGCAACACUCAUUGCCCUCGCCCUGCUGUUCUACCUGCACCAGACGACGGUGGUCGGAACUGGCGGCAAUGACGUCUUCGCCGUCUCCUCUGACCGCUUCCAUCACCACGGUAACGGGGCGCAAAGCUGUGGGAAACAACGGCGGCGUCAUUGGAAUAAUAAACAGUACAACGACACAUAUCCUCUCAGUCCCCCGGAGAGGAUGGCGUCCGGGAGCAUCCGGUACCGUAUUGGGGUGAUCGCAGACUUGGACACGGCCUCAAUGAGCACCAAGGGUCAGACGUGGUUCAGCGUCAUGCGGAGGGGCCACCUGGUGGUGUCUGAGAGUGGGGACAGAGUGGAGGUGGAGUGGGACGCAGACAGCCUGACCCUGGAGAGCCACCUGGCUGAGAAGGGACGAGGUAUGGAGCUGUCGGAGCUGGUUGCAUUCAACGGUCACCUGUACAGUGUGGACGACCGUACAGGAGUUGUCUACAGGAUAGAGGGGAACCAGGCGGUACCCUGGGUUAUACUGACUGAUGGAGACGGGUCUGUCUCAAAAGGGUUCAAGGCGGAGUGGCUGGCGGUGAAGGAUGAGUGCCUCUACGUGGGUGGUCUGGGUAAAGAGUGGACGACCACUACCGGAGAGUUCAUCAACGACAACCCCCAAUGGAUCAAGGUGGUGGGUUACCGCGGCAACGUGCAACACGAGAACUGGGUGCCGCGUUACAACGCCCUGCGCAGCGCAGCCGGCAUUCAACCUCCAGGUUACCUGAUCCAUGAGUCUGCAGCGUGGUCCGACCGCCUCCAGCGCUGGUUCUUCCUCCCCCGCCGCGCCAGCUCCGAACGCUACGAUGAGAUCGCCGACGAGCACCGCGCCACCAACCUCCUCCUCUCCUCCCCCUCGGACUUCCGCGAAAUCACUGUGGGGCACGCUGGACCCCUCCACCCAACGCACGGUUUCUCCUCGUUCAAGUUUGUACCGGACACCGACGAUCAGAUCGUACUAGCGUUGAAGUCGGAGGAGGACGCAGGGAAGAUAGCGACGUACAUCCUGGCCUUUACUUUAGACGGGAGGAUGUUACUGCCAGAGACGAAGAUAGGAGACCUGAAGUAUGAAGGACUGGAGUUCAUUUAAAAUGGAUGGGGAGGAAAGAGAGGAGGGAUCCUUAGGAGAGACUGGAGGGUUGAUUUUUAGAACUUACCAACAUCACCUACCUGUGGCCUGACACACCUGUGAAGUAGUGUGAUGAGGUAGGAGGACUCUGUUCCAGGAAGGGUUACGGUCCCAGUCAUCACCAACAAGGUUGUCCAGAGAAACGACUAGUGUUUGGUGACAGACACCCUAAGAUUCUUCACAGGGCAACUUCCUGCCCCCCCAAAGGACUCUGGGUAAUGUAGUCCACUAAGUUUGGGUUUAAACAGACAGCCCAAUUCUGAUGUUUAUACCAAUCACAUCAGGUCUGACUGGUCAAAAUAAUUGGCUGCAUCUCUAAACGCAGCCUAAGAAGAUCUAUGGUUGAACAGCGGUCAGACGCUCACAGGGCUGUGUUCAGUAGGCACAAAUCGGAAAGAAACGUUUUAAAACUGAGCAUUCAUUACCUGAAGUUUUCCGUUAUAAUGUAUUUAUCUUUUUACGUUUGUGCCUUCUGAAGAGGACCCUUGUUAACACUAACUCACAAAUGCAAAACUUAGAUGACGUUGGGUUGUCAACAUUUGCCAUAUGUUGAACAGACUACAUGAUCUUCUUACACCAGCUGUUAUGUUAAUAACUUGUUUUCUCUCUUCCUUUUAAAACAGAACACCUCAGAUUAAAAUGUUCAUUCUGG